AUGCUGCUAAGGUCCUCCGCCCCCUCCCACGCACCCGUUUAUUCCUCCCUCAGUACCAGCAACAAUAUUGUCCCUACAGCAUCAUAUUUAAUCCCCUGCGUGCAGGUAGAAAAAGAACAAGCUCACGAUAGAAAAAAAGAUUUGCUGCAGAAGAAGGGCUACAAAUACGAGGACGUACGAUCCGCCAGUAAAGCCGGUGGUGGUUUCUUCAAAUUCAUCCUCUCCGUGGUGUCCUUCUAUGAUGUCGCCAAGGAGAUCCGGCCUAAGCGAGAGCGGGUCAAAAUGCUGGAGAAGGAGCUCAUGAAGGCCAAGCGGGAACUGCAAAGACUGAACGAUGAGGUGGCCUACCUCGAGGAAAUGCUGUUGAAUCUGCGUCGUCAAUAUGCUGAGGCCCAGAACGAAAUGGAACGCCUGCGGAACGACAUGAAUAUCAUGCUGCGGCAGUUGCUCGCUGCCGAGAAGCUCACUAGCGGUUUGGCUUCGGAGAAAGUCAGGUCUGUCCUCCUCUGUCUGCUCACAUUUAAGAAUAGAGUCAACCUAGUGGGUCACUGCCUAUUGGCCUCCGCCUUCCUUAACUACGAGGGUCCCUUCACACAGGAGUUUCGCACACGAAUCUACAAGCGCUGGCUUGACAACCUUAUAGUCGACGAGAUACCACUGCAAGAGGGUUUCAAACUCAACGAACUGCUUACGUCGGAAGUGGAGAUUUCACUUUGGAAUUCACAGGGUCUACCCCCAGACGAACUCAGUAUCCAAAAUGCUAUACUCACGACCAAAGGCCCCAAAACCCCCAUCUGCAUCGAUCCACAGGGACAAGCCACCAAGUGGAUCCGCAUGAUGGAACUCAACCCAAAGGACGAAACAAGAUCUAUAAAAAUUACGACGCUGAACGAUCCAAACUUCCUGCGAACUCUGGAGAAUUGUGUGAAGUUUGGUGUUGCGAUUAUGUUCACAUCAGUUGAAGAGAAUAUUGAUCCCGUACUCGACAAUAUCCUCAGCAGAAACAUAAAAAAGGAAAAGGGUCGGGAGGUUAUCAUGUUGGGCGAUCGGGAGGUAGAAUACGACUGGGGAUUCCGACUCUACUUGACUUCCAAGCUGCCAAAUCCGAACGAAAACAAGCGGAUACUGAAGGAACUGGAGGAUCGACUACUACUGGAAUUGGCUACUCAAACAGGCAACAUUCUUGACAAUUGGGAGCUAAUCAACACUCUGGAGGACACAAAAGCGAAGGCCGUUGAGGUGGCUAAGGCACUGGAACUCGCAGCUGUGGUAUCCGUGGAUAUUGAUCCCCUCUUUGAGGAUCACAAACUCUUACUGUCCUUCCAACUGGCGAUUCGGAUGGAACAGGAGGAAAAGAAGCUGCGACCCAAAGAACUCAAUUACUUUGUUCGUGGUAACCUUGCCCUUACCGACGAGCACUUCACUCCACCCUAUUCCUGGAUACCGGAGCCCACAUGGCGUGAUAUCCUCUACUUGGCGGCAUUCUUGCCAAAUAAAUUUGGUAAACUGCCCUAUGAUGUAGUAAAACACCCGGACGCUUGGAAGGAAUGGUACGACUCGGAAACCCCCGAAGUCAACGACAUUCCCGGCCGGUUUAACAAGUUGGCAUCAUUUUCAAGGCUCUGUCUGGUUCGUGUCUGGCGAACUGAUCGCGUACCGGCGGGCAUCACCAGGUUUAUCUUCGACGCCAUGGGCAAGAGCUUCGUCUCACCUCCAAUGACAGCACUGGGCGAUGUAUUGGCCUCCACCAGUCCCGUCAUUCCGAUCGUUUUAAUCGUCCAGCCCGGUUCUGAUCCACCGGCCGCCCUGACAGGGCUUGCCCAGUCCGUUGCUGAGGCGCUUUUCGCUAGCUGCAUGGCAAGAGGUCAUUGGCUGGUUCUGCAGAAUUGUCAUCUUCUCUUGUCCUACACAUCCCGACUAGAGAAAAUGCUGGAAGAUGCCGUCAAGCCUCACCCAGAUUUCCGGCUCUGGGCCACGACCGAACUGAUCAGCAACUUCCCCAACAUUCAGGCCUCUUUGAAUAAGCUGGACGACGCUCAAUUUGUGGCCUCCGCACACCCCAAGUACAGACCCAUCAUGUUUGUACUCAUAUUCUUGCAUGCCAUCCUGCAAGAACGUCGUCGCUACGGAAAGCUGGGCUGGAACGUCAGCUACGACUUUGCAGACUCAGACCUCCUGGUCAUGUACGGUGGACGAACCAUAGAUAAUUACGAUCGGCGUGUUCUCACGACGUACAUGGAAGAGUACUUUGGCGACUUCCUGUUCGACGAGUUCCAGACCUUCCACUUCUACCACGAUGAUACGAUUGACUACAUGAUACCUCUGGAGCCCGAGGGUUGUGAGGACUUCCGCGAAAUGUAUUUAGGUAAAACAGCCGAUAUGUUGCUCAUCGAAAGGCUGAAUUGCGAAGCGAUAGAAAACUGGCCAUUGCAACAAAGACCAAACGUCUUUGGACUUCACGAGAACACGGCCAUCGGCUAUUCGGCUCGUUUUGCCAGACAGCUGUGGGUCUGCCUCCAACGUCUCCUCCCCGAGACAGAAUUGGUGACUGGCAUUCCAGACGCACAACAAAUGUCCACCUGUUCAAAAGACGUCAUCGAGUUCGCCGAAAAGUUGAAGGCUAAACCCUCGGAGGAACCACCGCCAGAUGCGAAUGCACCCGCGCCUGAGGAACCAGCUGAACCGGAGGAAGACUCUCUAGCCACGCCGAGGGAUGAUCCUGAUGAUGAUGUAAGUCGAAUGUGUCAAUGUUUUAAAACGUUUUUUCUUUGCACACAGUAUAUUUGA